AUGAGUAAGAACAAUUUCGGCGAAUUAUAUGAAGCAACAUCAAAGCACAUAAAGCAGUUGAUUAUACUUGCUAAUUCGAAAAAAUAUGCUACGGCAGAAUUCGAUGAAUCAUUAAAAUCAUUUGUGAAUAGUUUCAGCCCUGAAGACGCACCAGCAAAUAUAACAGAGUAUCGUACAAAGGUUGCGGUAGAUAUAUUGUCAAGGUUGUCGGUUUUUGACAACCUUAUAUCUGUUUAUCGUGAAUUAGGAAGAAUGGCUAUUCCAUUAAGUUAUUCUACAUUCAAUCCACUCCCUUGUGAAAAAUGGGUCCUCAAGCUGACUGAUUUUCAACAAUCAUUGACUAAUUAUAUGAUCGUCAGCAUAAGCUUCACACAGAAACUGAUCAAAUCUGAUAUAUAUUUGACGGAAGUACGGCGUAUCUUACAUAUCAUCAGUGCUAUGAAAAUGUCUGAGGAUGUACUUCCACUAACAACUCUAAUUAUUUGUUCACUAAAUACUGCAUUGGCGUAUGAAAAUAGUUACCUAACAAAAAUACUUAGAGAUUAUGGUCUACGUAAUAUUUUAACGCGCUAUACUUGCCCUGAUCCAACAAUUAAAUUGGCCAUAACCAUUUUUUUAACGUUUACCUACACUGAUAUCAGUCAACUUCAUCUAAAAGCAGAGUAUAUUGAAUUGUUCAUGCAACAGUUCCAUUAUACUGUUAUUGGAGGAAGAAAAAGUCAUUUCUUUGAUGCCUCUAUUCUCAAUAAAGUGCUCCGUCUUUUGGCUCUAAACGGUGAAAACAGAAUUGAAUUUGGCAAUCGUGAUAUUGUACGUCACUUGACAUCCUUAUCUGAUUCUCAAUCAUACGGCACAAAUGAAAUAUCAACUACUAUACGUAUUUUAUCAUCAAAAGUUCCAGUUAUUGAUGCUACCCAAGAAAUAUUGUCACUAGCUGAAGCAUAUCGCAGCAACAUAACUGAAUUGGAAGAAAAAGUUCGAACAUAUUUUGAAGGUGCUAGUAUUGAUGAAUUCUUACUUCAAUAUCCAACUGAAUCUGAUAUCGGUGAUGACCAAAGUGAAGAUAAACCAUCUAUCGUGGUAGAAGAAGGAAAUCCCUACCAUCUGGAUGGUCAUAUUAUGAUAAGCUACAGUCAUAACGAUGACAAAAUAGCACUUAAAAUUAAAGAAAGCUUGGAAAAUGAAGAAAUCAAGAUUUGGAUUGACAAAGAUCACAUGGUUCAAGAUGUUAAGAUUUUAGAUGCAAUGGCAAACGCUGUGCAAAAUGCUGCAAUUGUAUUAAUACUUUUUUCUAAAUCAUACCAACAUAGUGCAAAUACUAGAGCAGAAGCUGAAUACACUCGAAAACUAAACAAACCAACUAUUUUUCUUCGUGUCGAGUCGAAGUUUGUUCCAAGUGGUUGGCUGGGUUUCAUGAUAGGCGAGAGUCGUUAUAUUGACUUCUCCGGGAAAUAUCCAUAUGAGGAAAAAUUUGAAGAAUUAUGCACCACAAUUCACAAUGUUAGUCGUGGAUCGAUCACUGUAAAACCUGAGAAACCAAAAAAAACGGGAGAAUAUUCAUGCGUUUCAAUGUGA